CUACAGUCCUGAGCACACUCACUCAGAGAGAGAGCGGGGGACAAGAGGGCCAGUGCUUUGAUCGGUUAAGAUUUGAGAUCUUCCAUCAUGCGUCUGGUGAUCUUCUUUCUUUUGUCUGCCCUGAUUCCCCUCGUUCUCUGCCAUGGAUGGAACUCCUGGACAAAUUACUGGCAGAGCCAAGGAUACUUUUAUGGCUCCCAGUAUGCAGACAGAGCAUACAGUGUGUCGGCGUGUCCUGACGAGUGUGACUGCCCCUCUUCCUUCCCUGUUGCUAUGUACUGUGACGGGCGAGGCCUUACCGCCGUGCCACCGAUUCCCUCCCAUAUCAAAUACUUGUAUCUUCAACACAAUGCCAUCACAUCUUUGCCGGACUCGGCUCUAAGCAACGCAACAAAUCUGGUGUGGCUUAUGUUGCAUUUCAACCAGCUGACAUCUGAAUCAAUUGGCAAGAAGGCAUUUCUGAAGCUGGGGGGACUUGAGCGUUUAUAUCUACAAUACAAUAAUUUGACCAGCAUUCCUUCAAACCUUCCCCUCUGCCUGAGAGACCUGAGAAUGGAUAACAACAUGAUUGAGAAGGUGUCACCUGCAGACCUAGAGGGAAUGGAUAACCUCACUAUCCUGUACCUUCAUGAUAAUGCUCUCUCAGAGGUGGGCUCAUCGCUGAAGGGGCUGAACUCCCUCACACUGCUUGACCUCAGCAGCAACAAGUUGACAAAGGUCCCAGCUCCGCUACCUGCAUACCUGCACCAGCUCUACCUGGAGUACAACGCCAUUGACUCUAUACCUGAGGGAUUCCUGAGCCUCUUCUCUCAGCUACAGUAUUUUAGGAUGUCGCACAACCUGCUCACAGAUAAAGGCGUCCCCGCUAACACGUUUAACGUGUCUGGGCUGGUGGAGCUGGACCUGAGCUUCAACAAACUGGAGAGAAUUCCUUCAGUUAGCACCACGCUGCAAUAUCUUUAUCUGCAAGCCAAUCAGAUCAAAGAGUUUACUAUGGGUAGCUUCUGCAGUGUCGUGGACGUAACGAAUUUCUCCAGACUCUUAGUGGUGCGACUGGACGGAAAUGAGCUCAGUCUUGUGGACAUCCCCACCGACGUGGGCCAUUGUCUGCGCCAGGUUCUCGACCUUGAGAUCUAAGCAUGUGUACAACGCAGUCUGUGGCUCAGUUCACCACAUGGACCUACAGCAGGACUAUUUUUUGACAACAGAUUACAGCAGAUAUAAGUUGAUAUCUACAGCAAGUAGCAGCAGUUAUUAAAACACGGUAUUUUCCUAGUAGUGAUUGCAGAGAGGAUCACUGUGAGCAAGCUUUACUGGAAAGUCCUCCUCCUCAGCCUUUAAUCACGAAAAAACAACAAAAGCUGAAUCAAAUUUAGCAAUGGUUUUCUGACCUUCAUCCUAUUUACAGCAUACUCUGUUGUAAUGAUUCUUCCUCCAUAUUUCUUGACGCAUGCUCAAUCAUCCAGGUAGGGAAAUGUCAAAAAGUUGAUUUUGUUCAUGUGGACGUAGCAUUUUCAGUGGGAGAAACAUUUUGUCACUCAUUCAAGUGACUUCUUCAGUGUCAGCUCACUGCAGGUUUCCCCAACCUAAUAAACAGGUUGGUGACGCUACGUCCAGAUGAACAGAAUCAACUUUUCGGGACUUCCUCCAUGUGUUUUAUUGCUUUGUAUAAUAAGGUGAUGAAUAACAGUUUGUAUCAUAUAUACUGUGAAGUGUAUAAUUUCAAAUAUAGAUCAUAUAGCUCUUGUAGAAUACUAAAACACUAUUAUGGUGUCUACUGCAUGAGAAUAUGUUAUUGCACUUGGUUACAUUAUUUUAUCUUUCUGAGAGAAAAAUGCUGUGACAGCUUGAUUCUGUUUAAGAUCGUCUUUUUGCACAGUGAAAUUUUCUUAGAGACACAGAAAAUGUCUCUGUUCCAUGAGAAAAAAUAUGGAUAUCGUACUGUAGUAAACCAGACAUGCAUGGGGCUCAUGGUCUGUGAAUUAGGAUCUCUGUAAACAUUGCAUGGAUUAAUUAUUAUCCUGACAAAGGGUUUUUGUUUAUGAAGCCAUUCCAGAAUAAAUAAAGUUAAUAAAGAUCUGUG